UUGUGCUGGAAGUUUUGCACAUCCUUGUGAGAGGCAUGCUUUAAAUCAAAAACUGCAGCUAGAAAGGCCAUGACUGCUUUGUAUACAAUCAGAUUGAAAAGUGAGCAAGAAAAUGCAACGAUGCACGAUGUGGUGCAAGCUUCAGUUCGCAAGUGGCUCUGCCUGAUGCUCUAUCAUGACUGAUGGCGAGGGGAGAGCGUGCUUUCAGUAUGCAGAGGGCCAGGAGGGGCAGGAGCAGGGGGAGCGGCAGGAGGAGGUGAGGCUCGCUAUACCGACGCCCUACCUGAAUGACACACUGGGACACGAUGUUGACCUUGGAGGAGGUUACGAAGAAGAGAAGGAGGAGGAUAUGGAGAGGAGGAGGUGCAGAAGUGGUCAGCGUGAUGGAGGAGAUGAAUGGAGUCCUAAGGGUCUGGGGCACGAAGAGCAGGACCCGGAGCUGGAAGUGGACGUUGGACCAAAACUGGGAGUUCGCAUGACAGCUCCUAUUCGUGAUCCAGACUCUGUCUCUGAGGAGGAGGAGCAGCAGCCGUACCCAGCCCUGGCCCCCAUAGCCUUCUUCUGCUUGAAGCAAACAACAAGACCUCGCAACUGGUGUCUUCGUGUUGUCUGUAACCCCUGGUUCGAGCAUGUGUCCAUGCUGGUGAUCCUGCUCAACUGUGUGACUCUAGGGAUGUUUCGGCCCUGUGAAGAUGUCGCCUGCCAGUCCGAGUGGUGCCGCGUCCUACAGGUACUGGACGACUGUAUUUUUGCUUUCUUUGCCGUGGAAAUGGUCAUCAAGAUGGUGGCCCUGGGAAUUUUUGGCUCCAACUGUUACCUUGGUGACAAAUGGAACCAGCUUGACUUUGUCAUCGUUAUGGCGGGGGUGAUGGAGUAUUCUCUGGAUGGCCAUAACGCCAGCCUAUCGGCCAUUCGUACUGUCCGGGUGCUCAGGCCACUGCGGGCCAUCAACAGGGUACCAAGCAUGCGGAUCUUGGUGACACUGCUGUUGGACACCCUGCCCAUGUUGGGAAAUGUGCUCCUCCUCUGCUUCUUUGUCUUUUUCAUUUUUGGCAUUGUGGGAGUCCAGCUGUGGGCGGGGCUUCUGCGUAAUCGCUGCUUCCUGGAUGAGAACAUCACAAUAAUGUACAACUUGUCCAUAAAUCCUUACUACAUGUCAGAGGAAGGUGAAGACAGCCCCUUUAUCUGCUCAGCUGCCCGUGAAAACGGGAUGCGGCGUUGCCACAGCGUGCCGCCCUUCAUCCAAGAAGGGAACACGUGCUCACUGGCUGCUCCUCACCAAAGUCCAGCUCUGAUUGGCUCAGACCCGGUGGUGGGAGGGGCACAUGUUAAUGGUUGCGUUAACUGGAACCAAUAUUAUAAUGUGUGUCGCCCUGGAGACCUGAACCCACACAAGGGAGCCGUCAACUUUGACAAUAUUGGCUACGCCUGGAUAGCCAUAUUUCAGGUCAUCACACUGGAAGGAUGGGUAGAUAUCAUGUACUACGUCAUGGAUGCACACUCCUUCUACAAUUUUAUAUAUUUUAUACUGCUCAUUAUUGUGGGUUCUUUCUUCAUGAUCAACUUGUGCCUCGUGGUCAUCGCCACCCAGUUCUCUGAGACGAAGCAAAGAGAGAACGCACUGAUGAGGGAACAGCGUGCACGCUACAUGUCCAAUGACUCCACGCUCGCCAGCUAUAGUGAGCCAGGCUCAUGCUAUGAGGAAAUGUUACGCUACAUCAGUCACCUUUAUCGCAAGUUCAUACGCAGGUUGCAAAGGCUAUACUUGGGAUGGAACGGUAAACGGCGUAAAAAGGUGAAUCCUAAUGGCAGUGGUGGAGGCAGUAAUGGCGGCGGAAAUGGACACAGCCAUGGUUCUAGCAGGGGAUGCGGUGGCCCGGGCCCGGGUAAUACGUUAUGGCUGAGACCAAUCCAUAACCUUCUGCAACACCAUCAGCACCAGCACUGUCACCUCAGCAACGGGGGGCAGCAUACCAUCAGUGUGACAACCACAGUGCACGUGAACAGAGAGGCAAGUACUGGAGAGUGGGAGGAGCUGGAGAUGAAGUCGCUUCCUGUCCGGAGAGGAAGUACAAAUGGAAAUAGCGGUGGUGGAGGCAACACGACCGUUGUCGCCCACAGCGUGGGGGCACUGCUUCGGCGACUAAAUGGGGGGAUGAACUAUCCGACUAUUCUGCCGUCUUUUGUGUGCAGCUACAGCAGUAAGACACCACCCCCGCACUCCCAGCAGUGCGAGACCAGUCAGGAGCAGCACGCACCAAACCACCCAGUGCUGGAACACACAGAGACACUGAACAAGCUUUACCAGCUCAUGGGACAGGACAGUCACCGGAGGCUGCUGUACCGGCUGGCAGGCGUGGUGCCCAGCCCUCUGCUCCUGGAGCUGCUCAGCUGCCCUCUGUGUGCCCGCAGCCUGGAGACCUUGGAGCUGGACCUAGGAGACCUGGAGGGAGUCGGAGGAGAAGCCGAUGGACUGCACGACUACCCCCAGGGGGGAGAUCUGAGAGCUGUGAGAGGCUGGAGCAGACGGCGGGGAGCUGUGGAAUACAGAAGCGGAGCGGCUCAGGCCUGGAUAGACUUCAGGGAAAAACUGAAGAGGAUUGUGGAAAGUAAAUACUUCAACCGAGGGAUUAUGAUCGCUAUCCUUGUCAAUACCCUCAGCAUGGGGAUAGAGUACCACGAGCAGCCUAAGGAGCUGACUGAUGUGUUAGAGAUCAGUAACAUAGUCUUCACCAGUAUGUUUGUCUUGGAGAUGGGCUUCAUGCUGCUGGCCUUUGGCUUGUUUGGAUACAUCAGGAACCCGUACAACAUCUUUGAUAGCAUCAUCGUUAUCAUCAGUGUGUGGGAAAUAACUGGUCAGGCGGACGGUGGGUUGUCAGUCCUGCGAACCUUUCGUCUGCUGCGGGUGCUGAAGCUGGUUCGGUUCCUCCCCGCCCUGAGGAGACAGCUGGUCGUGCUGAUGAAGACCAUGGACAAUGUGGCCACAUUCUGCAUGCUGCUGAUGCUUUUCAUCUUCACAUUCAGUAUACUGGGUAUGCAUCUGUUUGGUUGUAAAUUUGGCCUUCGUACGGAGAAUGGAGACACGAUUCCUGACCGCAAGAACUUUGACACUCUGCUCUGGGCCAUUGUCACUGUAUUCCAGAUUCUGACCCAAGAGGACUGGAACGUGGUGCUGUACAACGGAAUGGCUUCCACGUCUCCAUGGGCAGCUCUCUAUUUCGUUGCUCUCAUGACAUUUGGCAACUAUGUGCUCUUCAAUUUACUAGUGGCCAUCCUGGUUGAGGGCUUUCAGGCUGAGGGUGAUGCCAAUCGGUCAGAGUCGGAUGACGAGAAAAAAUCAGACAACUUUGAGGAAGAUGAGAAGAUAGAACAGCUCAGAGACACUGAGCUAAAGAUGUACUCUCUGAUGAUGACAGCUAAUGGUCAUGCUGCCCCUCGUGCCCCCCCAGCCACACCCAUGCCCACUCCUAAGGGCUCCCUGGGGCCUGAGUCCAUCCUUGGGGAGGAGCUCAUGUACAGGGAAGGUGUGCCUCAAUAUGACAAGGUUGGACUGGGGUUUUCUGAGGGAACUGGUCACGUAGAGUCACGCCGUGGAAGCGCCACCUCACUGGAUCCUUUAGCCUAUGACCAGCAUUCUCUGAGCCUCUCAAGUCCGGGGCAGCGCUCCCCACUUCCCACCCGUGGGUCCGGCAGCUCAUGGGGAAGUCGUCGCUCCAGCUGGAACAGCCUGAGCAGAGCGCCGAGCCUCAAAAGGCGAGACACCAGUGGAGAGAGGGAGAGCCUGUUGUCCGGAGAAGAGGAAGAUGGCAGGGAGGACAAGGGAGAGGCUGGGGGAAACAACAGACCAGGGCCGGGGACCUUUGAGCUGCUGCAGGCAUCUACUCUGUGCCCUUCCAUAACAACAGAGCAUGGUGACUGUAACGGCCGAACCCUGACUUACAACCCUGACUCCAAACCCAAGGAAGACUCCUCGAACGAGGAUGACAGCGAUGAUGAUAGUGUUUUGUGCUACUGGAUCAGAAAAAAGUUCCGUAACAUAAAGCCUCGCUGUUGCAAAGAGCAUGAAGACUGGACGCUGUAUUUGUUCUCUCCACAAAGCCCAUUUCGUGUCUGGUGCCAAAGCGUGAUCUCUCACAAAAUGUUCGACCAUGUGGUUCUGGUUUUCAUCUUCCUCAAUUGUAUCACCAUUGCUCUGGAAAGACCUGACAUACAGCAGGAAAGCCGGGAGCGCCUGUUUUUGAGUGUGUCCAACUACAUUUUCACUGUGAUCUUCCUGGCAGAGAUGACCAUUAAGGUUGUAGCUCUGGGUUUCUGCUUUGGGAAGCAGAGCUACCUCCAGUCCAGCUGGAACAUUUUGGAUGGAGUGUUGGUGUUUGUGUCCCUGGUCGACAUUCUGGUCUCUAUGGCCUCUGUUGGUGGAAACAAGAUCCUGGGCAUCCUCAGGGUCUUACGCCUGCUACGAACACUACGCCCACUGAGGGUAAUCAGCCGAGCACCAGGACUGAAGCUGGUUGUGGAGACUCUCAUCACUUCACUUCGACCCAUCGGGAACAUUGUCCUUAUCUGCUGCGCCUUCUUCAUUGUCUUUGGGAUCUUGGGGGUGCAGCUUUUCAAAGGGAAGUUCUACCACUGCGAAGGUCUUGACAUGAAAAACAUCACCACCAAGUCAGAUUGUUUGCAGGCAAAAUACAGCUGGGUAAAAAGGAAGUACAACUUUGACAAUCUGAUUCAGGCCCUGAUGUCAUUGUUUGUACUGUCAUGUAAGGAUGGCUGGGUCAACAUCAUGUAUGAUGGGCUGGAUGCAGUAGGAGUAGACAAACAGCCUGUGAGAAACCACAACCCCUGGAUGUUGCUUUAUUUCAUCUCCUUCCUGCUUAUCGUCAGCUUCUUCGUCCUCAACAUGUUUGUCGGUGUCGUGGUGGAGAACUUCCACAAGUGCCGGCAGGACCAGGAGGAGGAGGAGCUCCGCUUACGGGAAGAGAAGAGGCUCAAAAUGAUAGAUAAAAAGCGCAGGAGUAAGGAGAAUGGAGGGGCUGAGGCGAAGCAGAGGCCUUAUUAUGCGGACUACUCUCCCUUGCGUCUGUCCAUCCACACACUGUGCACCAGCCACUACCUGGACCUCUUUAUCACCUUCAUCAUCUGCAUCAACGUCUUCACCAUGAGCAUUGAGCACUACGACCAGCCACAGUAUUUAGAAGACGUUUUGAAGUACUGUAACUACGUGUUUACGAUCAUCUUCGUCAUCGAGGCCCUGCUCAAACUUAUGGCAUUCGGGAUACAGAGGUUCUUCAAAGACAGAUGGAAUCAGCUGGAUGUAGCUAUAGUGGCAUUGUCUAUCAUGGGCAUCACCCUCGAGGAGCUGAAAAUGAAUGCAGCACUGCCCAUAAACCCCACCAUCAUCAGAAUCAUGAGAGUACUCAGAAUAGCACGAGUGUUAAAACUUCUGAAGAUGGCCACAGGGAUGAGAGCUCUGCUGGAUACUGUCAUGCAAGCGCUGCCACAGGUGGGGAAUCUUGGUCUCCUCUUCAUGCUUCUUUUCUUCAUCUACGCUGCACUGGGAGUGGAGCUCUUUGGCAAACUGGAGUGCAAUGAUGACAACCCGUGUGAUGGCCUGAGUCGUCACGCAACCUUUCAGCAUUUCGGGAUGGCCUUCCUCACGCUGUUUCGAGUGUCCACUGGGGACAACUGGAAUGGGAUAAUGAAAGAUACAUUAAGGGAGUGUCGUCAAGGUGACAACAACUGUCUUUCCUAUCUGCCCUGGGUCUCUCCAAUAUACUUUGUCACCUUUGUGCUCAUGGCCCAAUUUGUGCUGGUCAAUGUGGUGGUGGCUGUUCUGAUGAAGCAUCUAGAAGAAAGCAACAAGGAUGCCAAAGAGGAUGCAGAGAUGGAUGCAGAGAUUGCCCUGGAAAUGGCUGAGGAGAGACAACACAGAUUAAGCACAAGCUCCACCAACAGCUCAGAGGAUGGAACCUAUAUUGGGCCAUGUCCACAUUCACCUGGACAGGAGGAACAGAAGCAGUGUGAAGACCAGGACCUGCUGUCAUCUAGUAAGAUGUCUGUAUCCAGGGUGCACUCUCUGCCUAACGAUAGCUACAUGUUCCGGCCUGUACGGCCCGCCAGCGCCCCCUAUCCUCUGGAGGAGGUGGAUGUCAGUCCCCAGCACCAGCAUUCAGGCUCAGUGACAUCGGUUCACUCUCAGCCAUGCGAGAGCCGCUCUCUGCUGCAGGUACCAGACAUUUCCCCUGUUCACCCUCGGUCUCCUCCGACGAUCAGCCUUCCCCGCAUUGCCCCGCCCACACCCAGUCCCUCCCCACGCGCCGUGCACAGACAGGUGACAGUUAAAGUGGAUUUGGUGGAUCUUCGGAGACCUAGGCCGCCCUCUGCUGCCUCCCUCUGCGACCCGGCCGACGAGGAGGUGUAUCACAUAACCAGUUCAGCCUGCCGCAGGUGGGAAGAUGUGGAGGGAGGACAGCAGGAGAGCAAAGGGAAGGGUAGCUGCAGCCACUCCCUCUCCCCUUACACAUCCCCGUACACUCGAGACUCCCACUCCACCUCCUCCUCUCCUCUUCCCCCACUACCACCUUCCUCCUCAAAGAGCACGCUCAGUUUGCUGGGGUUGGGGCUGAAGGACUGUGACUUUAGGAAGGGCAUUAGUGCAGACAACCAGGUCUUCCUGGACAAGUUGUCAUCAUUGUCUGCUUGUUACCCUGAUGAUCAGCGUCGCCAUUCCAUUGAGGUCUGCCUCCCACAGGCUGAUAUCACCAGUGAUGAGCACCACUUUACACAGGAGUCCCACCGGUCAGAAAAGAGUGGUCCAGUGAGGGUGCAGUCAGUUGGGGGUGGUCACAGAAAGAAGAAGAUGAGUCCUCCCUGUAUAUCCAUCCACCCCCCCUCAGACAGGGAACAACCCCAAAUCACCUCACCCCCAAAACUUGCUGAUUGCAGCAUGAUGCUGAGACACAGGACGCCCUCCUAUGACUUGACACCGCACUCACAGUCAAACACACAAGACGUCUUGGGAGAUGCACAGCAGCUCUCUCCAGUGUACACAGUGCUAACACCGAUCCCUGUACCGCUGCAAGCACACUCACCAACACACACACUGACACCCUCGCGGGCAUCUACGCCGACACAUACUCAGUCAUACACUCCACCGCACCCAUCCACACCUACACAUCCGCACAUCCCCAUAAGCCCAAACAUCUUUAUCCAGCCUCAUGCACCUCUUUUUCCAAAUGCUAUGCCUUUCUCACAGACACACUCCCUCUCCCCAGCUGCAAGGCAUUCAACUCUCACAGGGGACUUCAUUCCCCUGCCCCAGUUAACCUUUGACCAACCACAGUCCAUAUACAUGGGUGGCCUGUCAGCUGGCCUAUCAGACACUGAUACAGCCACAUGCUCUUCCCCUUUUGACAGCAGACUGGUAAGCGGUGCGGGAUUCAAUGCAAAGAACCGGAGGACCGCCCAGUGA